CUCAGCAUCUGUGCAUCUCUUUUCUCCAACAUAACAUUUUCUUCUCCCCAUAUAGAAAAUCGUUAACAUUUUACAUUUCCUUCAAUAAUUCUUCCACCUACUAACAAACAAUGGAGAAGGAGAACGAUGAGCCAACUAAGGGACACGACAAUACGUUUAGCUUACAGAAUGUUCUGUUCAUUGUCAAAGUUUCAACCGUCCUAGCCUUCACCGGUUACUGUGGUUACCCGACGAUUAUAAAUGUACUCGACGGCGUUGACCUUUGGUUCGGUUGGUUCCGUUUGGUUCUAAGAAACGUUUUCUUCAUCUUCAUCAUCCUAAACGUUCUCAUCGGCUCUAUAUACUUUAGCUUCCUCAACACCACCAAUAAAAAGAAACAAGAUCUCUAUGAUGAAUAUAUCGCCGCCGUACCCUCCGCCGUCCGCUCUUCCCCGGAGCCGUCUUCUGCCCUGAUGGAGGUUGGAGACUACGGUGGUGAAUAUUAUAAUAAGUCAAGUUACUACGAGACUGUGCCACCGUGUCAAGCGGUUAAUACGGUUGAGGAGAGUAAGUGUUAUGAACGAGUAGUGAUGGAGACGAGCUCUAAGAGUUAUAAGAAGACGACGAGUUUGGAGAAGAAGAAGAAGAGGUCGACGGUGGAGUAUCGAAGGACGGAGUCAGAGAGAGUACUGAUGAAAACGGCGUCGUGGAGGUCGCAUGCGAUGGAUGAGCUGAGCAGCGAGGAGUUUCGUAUGAAGGUGGAGACAUUUAUCACGGGGUACAAGAAGAAAAUGAAUUGCCAAAACGGCGUCGCUGAUCACUGGCAAAACGGAGUCUCUCGGUUUCAAAACGGCGGCGUUGACCAGUGGCAGAACUGUGUCCCCCAGUUGCAAGAUCAGCCUUAUUACGAUGGAACUGAUCGUCGUCGUCAUCGUAGUCGUAGGCCCGUGGGUGGUUCUGGCUCUACUGGUAGUGGUGGUCCGUACUUGGCCAUUUCGAAUUAGAGCUUGGCGUGGGGACUAUGUAAAAGUAAAAAAUGUUAACAUAGGUUAUUUUUUACGGCCAAUAAUGUUGUAUUCUAAAUAUCUAAUAUAGAUGAGACUAUUAAUAAUC